AUGCGGCUCUCGUUCGUCUUGUGUGCCUCAAUUGGCUUGGCGAGUGCCUCCCUCCGCCCCGUCGCAAACGAGGAAGCUGCCGACUUGCUUAAGAGACAGUCAUAUCCGUACCCUGCUUUCACAAUUGAUCAACCGAUUGAUCACUUCCCCAAUGAACACAAAUAUGCCCCUCAUGAGACCGGUACUUUCAAGCAGAGAUAUUUCUUCGAUGAUACGUACUACAAACCUGGUGGACCUGUGUUUCUGUACAUCAGUGGUGAGACGUCGGGAACGAAUCGAUUUUCGAAUCUUCAGACUGGAAUCAUUCAAAUUUUGAUGCAAGCUACGAAUGGACUCGGUGUUAUCCUCGAGAAUCGAUUUUAUGGCACCAGCUACCCAUUUAACACUAGUACCACGGACCAAUUGAGAUAUCUCACAACCGAGCAGAGCAAGUUUCCGCCAAACCUUGGAGACUUCGAAGCUAAUUUCGUACCAGCAAUUGCCGAUAAUGCGUACUUUGCUCAGCAUGCAACGUUUCCGGGCGUUGCGGGGAAUCUCACUGCGCCAGGGACUCCCUGGAUCCUGUAUGGGGGUAGUUUAGCAGGUGGCGAGACAGCAUUCUCUGUGAUUAGUUAUGGUGACAUUUUGUUUGGAGGAAUCGCAAGUAGUGCGCCUGUGAAGACAGUUUUGGCGUACCCACAAUGGUAUGAUCCAAUUCAGAAAUUUGGACCGCAAGACUGUAUCGCUAGUAUCAACGCGAUCAUUGACAAUAUUGAUGAUCUUGUGGAUGGCAAGAAUGAUGCGGCUAUUACGGAACUGAAGGCCAUCUUUGGAUUGGAAGUUUUGGAUGACAUUAGAGACUUUGCAAUGACCAUUGCUUACCCACUGGGUGGACCAAUGAACUACCCAACCAACACAUGGCAAGAACUAAAUUGGUACCCGGCUUACAGUGCACCUGACUUUUUCAAUUUCUGUUCAAAUAUUACAAACAUCAAUGCCCCCGCAAAUAUCACAGCCGUUGAUUAUGCUUUGGCAAACUACACUGGUGGUGAACCUUGGACAGGUUUGGGAAAUUAUGCCAAUUACUUCAAGACUCAGUUCUUAGACCUUGGAAUUUGCCCGCAAGGCGACUACGAUACCAUUCUUGAAUGUUAUGGAACUCAAAAUGAGCUGAUUCUUCAAGCAUCAUACUGGGCCGAUACGACGAACAAUCCUGGUAGAUCAUAUCUGUACACAACAUGCACCGAACUUGGUGCCUACCAGGUCGCCCCAUCAUCAGGACCCUCCCUCAUCAUGAAUGUGCUGCAAGUAGAUUAUACUCAGCAAUGGUGUACCUGGGCGUUUCCACCAGGAAGAUAUAACCAGAUUCCUUCAACUCCCGAUCUCCGUGCUUUCAACAAAUACGGCAGCUUUGAUAUAAAGGCAGACAGACUUGCUUUUAUCGAUGGAGGAGUUGAUGUCUGGCUAGAUCUUUGCUACCAUUCCAACUUUGCUCCAUUGAGAACUAGCUCGGACUUGAAUCCCGAGUAUCUGAUUGCCGGCGCAGGUCACCACUGGGACAGCGCUGGUAUCCUAGAUGUCUCGGCUGAGCCGCUGUUCAUUCAGCAAGCGCAUCUUUGGGAGAUCAAGACGGUGCAAAAAUGGCUUAGAACAUUUCCAGAUUGGAAAAAUUAGAUACGAGAGAAGAUCUCGCGCAAUAGAUGGAGUGAGCCGUAAAAAGGCAAGAGGUGGAAAAGCUUGACGAUAUUAUGAUAAUGUGCUAAUUUAAUACACAAAUCUGAGAUGAUAAUCACAAGAAAAAGGUUGAUCUUCGAAUCCCAUUACUUCAUCCAUGCGCCACUGGUCUCCAGAUGCCGAUGAUCCGUGGAAGACAGGAUCAGGUGUUAUUCCUCAUUCUCGAUUUCCGACUUCGCAGCUUCUUUUGCAUCCGCCUCUUUGUCUUUCGGCACGGCAAUCGAUAAUACACCAGAGUCGAGCGAUGUAUGGAUUUCAGUUGGCUUGACUCUGGAAGAAAACGUAAAAGAUCUCUCGAACUUUCCGAUAUGUCUCUCAUU